GGAAGAAUUGUUGGAAUUGUUCGCUCUCUGCAGCAUCCACAUUUACUUCAUUUUUCUCCGCGAAAGUGUGUGGAUUUGCUGGAUUCGAGGUGGUGCCGCUCAAGAUCAGUCACUCGUCCGUGGUAUCGCGUUAUGAUUUAAGUGUUCACUGGUAAAGAAGCCCCAUGGCGAAGCGAGGAAAAGUGCUCAUACCGGCUCUGCGACGCAGUGAUAACAAUGAAGAGGAAUCCAACACAGUUUCAGAGCAAUCGAUCAACGAUGUCUUCCGCUGCUUCAUCUGCAUGGAGAAGCUGCAGGAGGCGCAUCUCUGUCCGCACUGCUCGAAGCUCUGCUGCUACGUGUGCAUCUCGCGAUGGUUAACGGAGCAGAGACGCCAGUGUCCACACUGUCGGGCUCCGCUUCACGUGAACGAGCUGGUCAAUUGCCGGUGGUUCGAGGAAGUCGCCGUUCAAGUGGAGAAUCUCCAGCAGAUCUGCACCAACAUCCAAUCGAACAGUCUGUGCAAGAACAACGAGCAGGAUCAGUGCCAGACGCACCAUGAGAAGCUCAGCGUCUAUUGCUGGACAUGCAAGACGUGCAUUUGCCACCAGUGUGCGCUGUUCGGCGGCACUCACUCGGGGCACACGUUCAAGCAGCUGGAGUUGGUGUAUGAGACACACAUUGCGCAGGUGAAGGAGGAGGUGUCGCAGCUGAAGAGUCGUCUCGUGGAGCUGAUCAACUUUGUCCACGAUGUCGACAUGAAUAUGGAGAUUGUGUGCUCGUCGAAAGACGAGAAGGUGAAGGAAAUUCGUAAUGCGGUGGAGGCGAUGAUCACGCGGCUGGAUCAGCAGCUCAAGGGAAAGUUGAUCACGCUGAUGAGGCAGAAGCGAUCCCUCACGCAGGAGACGGAACAGUUGGAGCGUCUGCUGAAGGAGACCGAGCAUCAGUUGAGCACAUGUUCGCGCUCGCAGCUGAUCAUGAAGAGUCCGGAGUUGUUGAAGAUCAUUCAUCAGGUGCGCAUCAAGCCAAUGUCCAGCUACGUCACGGCAUCGAUGCCGGCAGAUUUCACCAGUGAAAUGGUGCCGAUGUACGACUCGUGUUCCUUCGUCCUGGAUAAGUUCGCCAGUCUGCAGCAGAAGGGAUUGCCCGUGUACUCGCAGCCGCUAAAGGUGAACGGCCUGUGCUGGCGCCUGAAGGUCUACCCAUUCGGGAACGGCGUGGUGCGCGGAGAAUAUCUCAGCGUCUUCCUGGAACUCACUGCCGGUCAUCCUGGAAGCAAUAAGUACGAGUAUCGCAUCCAAAUGCUGCACGACGUCAACGCGUCGAAGGAGAUCUCGAGAGAGUUCGUGUCGGAUUUCGAGAUUGGCGAGUGUUGGGGCUACAAUCGCUUCUUCCGGCUGGAUCUGCUGGCCACAGAGGGCUACUGGAAUGUCACCGCUGACACUCUCAAUUUGCGCUUCCAAGUGCGUCCGUCUACUUUCUAUCAGCGCUGCCGCGAUCAGACGUGGUACAUUAAUCAGCUGAUGCAGCAGCAGAAGCAGCACGUGCUGCAGAUCAAGGAUCUCACUGAGAAGCUGGACAAAGAGCGUGGCAAGCAGAGAGGCAGUGUGUCACAGAACAUGGCCAAGAUUGACUCGGCGUGUCGCGUUGUCUCGGCUGGCAGUGAUCUCCUGGACACGCUGUGCAAUGAAGUGGGCAAAGCCAGUGGUCAGAGCAAAGAGGAGAGCCCCAAGACAUCGCCAGACGAUGUGGAUAACGAUAAGAUCUUCACUGAGAUUCUCAAGUGCCUCAAUGGAGCUGAGAGUACAAGUCUCACAGCUUCCGGAUCCACCAGUGUCAUCAAGUCCAGUGCCAUUGAAGCGUCAAGCAGUGAUGCAGCGAAGAAGCCUCUGUCGCUCUCUCUGUCGUCGCCGAAUCUGUGCGACAGGACGUUCUCGGAGAGCUCAGAUUCGGAGGAGGAGGAGGCGAAGGAGAGCAAGAAGACGCCCAUGUCAGAGGACACGAGCUCGAUUGAGGAGAACGAUGUGGACGAGGAGCCGAUCUCGGGGGAGAAUGACGUGGAGUAUGCAGAGUUCUCGAUGGCUGUUCUCGCUCCCAAUUCCCAGGGCGCGACUGCCAAUGGAAGUGGCGCCAAUGGAUCGAGUAUCGAUGAGGAGUUGAUUCUGCUCUCGCUGUUUGACGAUUCAUCAUCCUCAGCCAGAUCCCUCGAGAAUGGAUCUUCGACCACGCAGUCAACCACCAGAAGUUCCUACAGACAACCAAUCACCUCAGCUAGCGUGCUGGAGACACUCCUGGAGCCGCCGAAGAUGAGUUCUGGUCCGCUGGCCAGCAACUUGGUCAUGAGUGUGCGGUCGAAUGAUGCUGAAUCGAAGCCGAUGCGAGGAUUUCGUCGAAACAACAGAGCUUUCGUCGGUUUGGAAUCCACCGAAGGAGGAGCGGCAGCUGAUUUGUCAAAUGACGCUAAGGUGAAGAAGCACAACUUUCAUCAGCUCGUGAGGCGCAUCAGGCAGACGGACGUGAUGAACGGUGAGCGCAAAGUGCGGCCGAAUUGCCACAUUGAUUUGUCGCUGAGCAAUUAUCGCGGUUUGAUGAGGAAACAGCCGAAUGGCACGGACGGUGGACAUCAGAUGGGAAGUGUGUCCUCCGCGUCGCCGUAUUGUGGCUCAUCUAAGUUAAUUUCGAAAGGCCGAACGAGUUUUAGUGGGGGGAAAUUGAAUUCGCCAUCGAGCGGUCGCUUCAAUGGGGACAAUAGUAAUUUGUUUAUGAGGACGAAUGGAUUGGACGGGAUGAAAUUGCCCUUUUCUGCGGCCGGGGGAACUUCCGUGGUGGACAAUAAAUCGCCCAAUUUGUCCUUCUCCGUGGAGUUUCUCACUCCACGGCCCAGCACAUCAGCAGCACUGCCAGGUGGUGUGAAGAGGAAGCCGACGAAGAAUCCGCCGCUGUCGCUGACAUGCGGCGAGGAUUCGUCGCCGCGCAGCAGAAAUUGGAAUUCAACUGAUCUCAGGGAGGUGACGCCAGUGGACAGAGAUCCCUUCUUCUUCCAUCAGGAGAAUGAACUGUUGAAUGUUGAGAUUGAGGACGUUGAUCAACUGCCAGGGUCUCAGGCGCCGCAGCAGGACAACCGCGCUGGACCGGAGGAUGCGAGUCCUCGAGCUGCAGCACUGCUGAAGCGUAGAAGGUCAGUGGAGAGGCCAAAUUCGUCAUAGAGUAAUUAUCAACGUUGGCGAGGAUCGAUACUAUUGGAGGUGAAAUUUACGAUGAGAAGGAUUGAUACAAUGUCACAAAAGGCACACACGCGCGUCACGUGAGUUUACAUAUGUAGAAAAUUUGGAGUGUCGCUUAUGUAAGGAUUAGGAGAGAGUUCAUUGAUUGAUUGAUUGCGGAUGGCCAAGAACCGCCCUCGCGCGGACAAUGAAUUGAGAGGAGAACAAUUGCGGUCCAGUGUUUUUUUUUAUUAUACAUACAAUUGAUAAAGGAGGAUAUUUGAUGAGGCGGAAGGAAGAAAAA